AUGACAAAGAGUGUUGAUAAUGUGAGAAUGAGAUUUCCUGAGGAUAGUAUUAGCUAUCAGAUGAAGCAAUUGAAUCGACAACUAAUUGCUAUUGGACAGUUCAUCAUUUCAAUAUUUGCUGGUUUCCUCUUUGGUUUUAGAGGAAUAGAGUGGAUGGUGGGGAACCUAGAUUUCGGAUUUAGAUUAUUAUUGGGUGUGAUGUGUGCUUUGGUUAUUGCACUGGCUGAAAUAUAUUUCCUGGCUAAAAAGUUAAAUGAAGAGUUAAAUGUGCCUGAAACAGUACAGCUUGGGGGACCUCCUAAAUUUGUUAAUGAACCAUACUUUGGAUACAAAAAUAAUGACAUAGUGAAAAAGGAACAUCAAGAU